GGCUGCCAACGUCAUCUGAAAGCCAGAAUUACCUACUGUUAUUGUAACAACUAUUAAACUGGGAGUUUGACGGAGUUUAUCCUUCAUAUUUUUCUUUGUUGCAGAGUUUCGUUUUGCUGGGUUAACUAGCCUUCUAGGAGGCUCCUAGGAGGACCUUUUGUGUCAUGGUUUCCCAUAGCAACGGAAUGAUGCUUUGCGCUUCGUUGACAGUCCGGCGUUAAACAAGAGCGUUUCUCGUGUUUUGGUCUGUGAGCGUAAAUCACACAAAUAUGAAUAAUGUUCUAACUUACAAUUACUUUGUAAUUACCUUGUUGGAUGUACCUAGUAACUGAUUGUCGAAAGUGGGAUUCUUUCCUUCUCAUCGCGGAAGAGUUAUAUACCGUUUAUAAAUGCAAAUCAAGUCAAGGGCUGAUAAUAUAGAAAACUGUGGACAUGCCUCCAGCAUCAGCAGGACAAGGAAUAUGCCCUAAUCCAGACAGAGGUUUGGGCCUAAAUUUGCUGUUGGGAACCAACUAUGAAAGGAAGAAGAAUAAACUUAACCAGGACCUUCAACUUGACUACAAACAUUAUGUUGCCACGAAAAAGGAUCUGAAAACUACUGAACCUCAUCCACAACCCCAGGGCCUCUCUCUACCUAUUGAUGACAAGAGAUCCGUUCAGGACAAACUGAGAGAGGAGAGAAAUAAAGAAUACAACCUCUUCCUACAAGAACAAGCUCAAAUCAGAAAGUUUAAGAGGGGAACACUUCCCAUCACUUUAAAGCCUGGACAGAUUCAAAGUUCAGACACCGUCUUCAACACUUAUCCAAACGCACACUCUCCUCUGAGGGAGCCCCCUGCAUCCAGGAGAGAUGCUGCCACUCUGACUGAGGCAGCAGAUGAUGGAAAAAGGACGUCGACCUGGGGUCCAGGACAUCGGGGACGAAGACGUUGGCAACUCUAUAGGCGAAGGGAGCCCUAUAGCUCUGAGGAGGAGCUAAGCACAGACAGGGAGGAGGAGUUCGAGCUUAGGCAUAGGAGGAAACAAGACAGACACACCCCAGAGCCUGAGUACAAAGAGGGGAGGAAAUCCAGACAACACAGAGCUAACAGGACUCCUCAGGACAUGAUGGAGGUGGAGGCCCCUGAUGUUCAUGAUCAGAACAACAAUGUCGAGAACAACAAGUCAGAUCUGAAAAUGCCAGACAGCAUGAAGAUGGCUGCCAGAUCAAGACCUGCUACCAGCAAGGAUAAAACAGAGUUUGCUACUGGACUAAUCAUUGGAGCAAAAGAAGAGUCGACAGCCUCUCAGAUGAGAAAAGAACAGUAUAAGCAAGAGCUGCUGAAACAAAUAGCUGAACAGCAAAGAAACAAGAUCAGAGAGAAGAAAUUUGAACUAAGGGUUGCUGCCACUGGAGCCACAGACCCUGAAAAAGAGCCUGACCGAAUUAAGCAGUUUGGGGCUGUAAAACAACAGUUUGACAGCUGGAGACGAGAUGUCCCAUACAAGCCCGGAAUAGAUCUGGAGGCUGUAGAAGAGAAUCCAAAUCCAAGGCCUAAACAUGACAGACCCACUGAGGACACAGAACAGACAGGCCCCCUAGCAAAGUCCCUCAUCGACUACAGUACAGUUCCCAGUCAACUGACAGAGAAGACAGGACCUGGCUCCAGAAUGAGAGCAGCAGAAGGUGUCCCCUCGCUGGGCUAUUUUAAUGAAGACUACCACAAGGACUUCUCGAACAUGCUAGGAGAAGUGGCCCUCCCGAGGGUUGCUGGUGUUCCUCCUCCUGUUCCUCCCACUCUAACUAGUAAUUACAAGACUCCAUAUGAUGCAGCUUAUUACUAUUAUGGAACCAGGAAUCCAUUAGAGCCCAAUCUUCAUUGCAAUCACAAUGGUCUGCCUGAAGGGGUGCAGCAGUCUGGGAAUUUCCACAGUCCUCUCGGACCCAGUGGCCGCACUGAGGCAAAUGAUCAGCGCAAAUCGUCUCCCCUGGAUGCUGGAGAGCUUUUUGUUGACAAAGACAAGCAGAGGAGACAGAGAGCACUGAACUAUCAAGAAGCUCUCAUACAGCAGAUCAAAGAAAAAGAAGAGCGCAAAAGAAGAGAGAAAGAAGAGAAGGAGCGAUAUGAUGCCAAGAUAGAGGCUGAGAUGAAGGCGUUCAACCCCUGGGGGAGAAGUGGGGGAGGUGCUCCAAUUAAAGACCAAAACGGCAACCUUGUCAGUGACCUGAAUCAUAUGCACAGGAUCAACGAGGAGUCAUACAGGGGUCCUGUGUCUAGGAAUAGUGGACAGACACAAAGCUUUUUGACAGGGGAUGGACUUAGUCCUGGAGAUGAGACCAGAGCUCCCACUUCCCAUCGAUUAUCAGGUUUCAAUAGUCAGCCAACUACAGAGCAGCUCCGCAUGCAGGACAGAUACAAAGAAGACCUCAGACAGCAGAUAGAGGAAAACAAGCGAAAGCAGGAAGAGGAAAGAGAACGAAUGAGGAUUAUGGAGGAAAAAGAUGAGAAGAGGGUGGCCAAUGAAAGGGCUCACAUCAAGCGCCAAUUUGAGGAGGAACAAAGGAAGCAAAGGAAGGUUCAGGAGGAGGAGGAAAAGAAGGUGUGGCAGGAACAAAAGAUUGAGAAGACGGUGCCUCAGAGUGUGAGAGACAGACAGGAGAAAAGGGAGCAGUUGCCUAGAGUGCCGUCUCCUCCCAUCCCAACCUUGCAGAGGAAACAGACACAUCUCGUGGCAUCCAGACCUCCCUCGGUUGUGAGCCAAUUUUCCUCCAGGACUGAGCGGUCUGUGUCAGCACCACAGUACCGACCAGUCCCCGUGAAAUUACCUCAGCUACAAGAUGGUCAGCAGGAAGUGAUCAGAGAGCUGUCGGCCCUCCGUAGAUACCUGAGGAAAGAGCAGAGACAGUUGGAGGUUCAGUUGGGCCAAACCGAUCCACAGGAGAGUCACUUCAGUCUCCCCAACAGGCCCAGAAGACGACCCAAAGUGGAUGCCUUUGAACUGGCGAGCAAGCAAGCUGCUCAGCCAUCAACCCAGAUUCCCUCCUCCUUGGCUGCACAUGUUAAUAUGCAAAAUAUCAGGGAGUUCAAUCAGCUGAAAUGCAGAGACACAGAAUCCCGUGAGGAGGUGCGUUACAUGUACCCCGACCCUCCUGCUGACGCGCAAGGUCUGGACAUCCAACAGCAGGCACUUCUUCGUGAACAACAACGCAAAAUCACGCUCAUGAAGAGAGAGAAAGAGCAUGACUUUUUGGACCAGCAGCUGAGCCACCAUCAUUCUAGGAGCAAACCUGGACAGCACAUCCACAGAGACUCCAUAUUGCCUUCUGAGAGUAAUUUCAUUGAUGUUUACAGUGGUGAUGCAUGCGAAGAGUGUGUUACAGAGCAGAGACCCCCUCAGGCCUCAGCAGAGCACCGGGAGAGGACAGCCCGACGGAGGAGACGUGACCAUGCUGUACGGUGCUGAUCGUUAAAUGGAUUCUUUUAUUUGCUUCAGGUCAAAAUGAUCUGUGUCACAGCAGUAUCAGAUCAGCAUCUCAUGCUGAUGCUUUCAGUCUCAUUCAAGCCCCACUAGCUUUCUGAUUGUACAACAUGAACAUUCCUUCCUCUGAUCUCUCUUUUUUUUAAAUUUCUACAGGAAGUAGGUAUGUUCAUAAAUCAGAGGGAUCAUAACAUCCAACCAGACACUCAGCCAUUGCAGUCAGUGACUGGUUUGAACCUUGAAUCUCAAGUCAAGGCUCACGACCAGCACCACAUCACAAGACAAGACACUGGAGGUCACAACAGCAGAAAUGUGUGAUGGAAAGCCUCUGCACUCUCCAGACGGGCUGCCUGGCGAUGAGGAAGCGGAUGCCUUGUCUCUGUGCUCCGCCCUGGAGAGGCGUGUCUCUGUGGAGACAGUUGCCACAGAGCCUUGGCUGAGGCCAGGCACGUCGGAUGCUGUAAAACGCUCAGGCUGUAGGGAGAAGCCAAACAGCAGGACGGAUGCUCGAUCCUGGCUGACAAACCGCAUCACAUAGCUUCCAUUACCUGGUCUCUGAGGACGGGAUUCUUUGCCAGCUUCCCAUUUUCUUUGGAUGCAGGUAGAAGCUCUCCUGUGAACAAACACUGCUGCCGAGUGAUGCCUCAAUCACUUUCCAGCCACCAACAUGUUAAAUGUGGGAGUUGGUUAGAUUACAAAAGCUCGUUAGAGACCACAGGCAGCCUGUAAAAACAUUCAUUUCCGUUAGCGUAAACAAGAACAAUCUUACACAGGACUGUUGCUCUAAGCAUCAAAAGUGCACUUUUUACCCUACAAGACAGAAAGUUUUGUAAUGUGCAUAUCUGUAAAUGUACCAUAAAUGUGUGUACAUGUUUAUAUAGUUAUUUUAGUUAUGUGCCCCAGAGGGUUUAUUUUCAAAUAAAAUGUUAUUUGGU